AUGUCCUUUCUCGGAGGCGCCGAGUGCUCGACCGCCGGCAAUCCGUUGACGCAGUUCACGAAACAUGUUCAAGAUGACAAGUCUUUACAGCGAGAUAGACUGGUGGGGAGGACGCCGGGGAUGCAAGAGAGUAUGCGUUCCCGGGGGAUGGCAGGACCGGGGGAUCAGAUGAUGGACGAAUUCAUGCAACAACCCGGCCAUCUCCCUCAUCAAGCCCCCGUCCAACCAUUCGCCAUGGAACAAAUGCGCCGCGAAAUCGAGUCGAUGCAACAUGCCCCCCAACGCACAGGAUCGCCCGGUUGGGCAGCCGAAUUCGACGGCGAACAAGCACGUAUGGAAGCCGCUUUUCAAGGCCCCAACGCCGCUCCUGCUGUCCUCGAUAACCGAGGAGGACCGGGAUUUUCAGCGGCGGAAUUCUCGCGCUUUCAGCAACAACAUCGUACAGCGAGCCCCAUUACGCAGUCGACGCAGUCGCCCAUGAUGAGUGGCUAUCAGCGGCCGAUGAUGGGAGGUUAUAUGGGUGCGAUGGGCGGAAUGGGCGCUAUGGGGAUGAUGGGUCCGUCGUAUAUGCCUAUGCAGCAGCAACAACAACAGCAACAGCCUGCAGCGCAACAGCAAGACGGCAAGGGCAAAGGGCGAAUGGUGGAGUUGGAUGACGUGAAUUGGGAAGCGCAGUUCGCUGAAAUGGAUGCUGCGGGACAAGAAGCGUUUGAUGAUCAGGCGAAUCAAGCUAUGGAAGCGGAACUCGAUGAUCUGGACAGGUCAGUGCAUACUACCCCUUAUCAGAAUCAGAGACACAGUCAAGAUGAAGGAUUCGAUCAAUUUGAACGUGUGUGGCAAAGUGCUCAGGCUGAAAGUACGGCUUCUAGACAAUUGGCCGAAGAUGAUUUUGAGGAAGUUGCGAAUUUACAUCUGGGGGAUACUAGUGGAUGGGAAGGGUUCGAUAGUCUAAACACGCGAUUCCGUGACCCGCAAUUGGGAGAUUAUUUAUUCGAGGAGGAUAACAUGUUCCGGGCCGUGGGUAACCCGUUCGAAGAAGGAAUGAAGAUCAUGCAGGAAGGUGGAAACCUGUCUUUAGCAGCUCUGGCCUUUGAGGCUGCAGUACAAAAGGAUCCUCAGCAUGUACAAGCCUGGACCAUGCUCGGAUCUGCGCAGGCACAAAAUGAGAAGGAGAACCCGGCAUUGCGGGCGUUGGAACAAGCGCUGAAACUAGACCCGAACAAUCUCGAUGCUCUUAUGGGGUUGGCUGUGUCGUAUACAAAUGAGGGCUACGAUUCGACGGCAUAUCGUACACUGGAGCGUUGGCUCUCUGUGAAAUAUCCUCAAGUCAUAAGUCCCAAUGAUCUUUCCGCCGAUACCGAUGUCGGAUUUACGGAUAGGCAAUUACUGCACGAUAAAGUGACAGACCUGUUCAUCCAGGCAGCACAACUCUCGCCUUCAGGCGAACACAUGGAUCCAGACGUGCAAGUCGGUUUAGGCGUACUGUUCUAUUGUGCUGAAGAAUAUGACAAAGCCGUCGACUGCUUUUCCGCAGCUCUCGCCUCUACUGAGUCCGGCACCUCCAACCAACAAGAACAAGUGCACCUCCUCUGGAACCGCCUCGGCGCCACACUCGCCAACUCAGGCCGCUCCGAAGAAGCGAUCGAAGCGUACGAAAAGGCACUCACCAUCAACCCCAACUUUGUCCGCGCGCGCUACAACUUGGGCGUUUCAUGUAUUAAUAUCGGCUGCUUCCCGGAAGCCGCGCAACACUUACUCGGCGCACUGGCAAUGCACAAAGUGGUCGAACAACAAGGGCGGGAAAAAGCACGCGAAAUUGUUGAAGGUGUGGAUGGAAUCGACGACGCAGAGCUGGAGCGCAUGAUCCAUAUUAGUCAGAACCAGAGUACAAAUCUGUACGAUACGCUGCGGCGGGKGUUUACGUCGAUGGGGAGACGUGAUUUGGCGGACAUGGUUGUGUCGGGGAUGGACGUGGAUGUGUUCCGGCGGGAGUUUGAGUUUUAG